CUUGAAUUUACUCCUCGACUAAACCUCUCCAUACAUACAAACAGGGCUUUCCCGAUAUAAAUGUUACCCAACCGAUCCCGCUACUACAAUGUCGCCAAGGUUUUCUUAUCAAUUUUACCAACGAUUUCACAAGCAGUUCCGGUAGACCUGCAUCCAGUCAAGAGACUUGUCUCUGCAGCAUCAUCUGCCUCGGGAGUCAACAUAUCCAAGCAUACGCCGUUGACGGAAACCGAGUUCUAUGUUUAUUUAGCUGCCUCCAGCUGCUUGGUUUUGCUGGGAGGUGUUUUUGCAGGUUUGACCCUUGGUUUAAUGGGCCAAGAUGAAGUCUAUUUGAAAGUCAUUUCCUCUUCGGGCACUGAGACAGAACAAAAAGCUGCAAAUAAAGUGUUGGAGCUACUUGGGAGGGGCAAGCAUUGGCUAUUAGUCACUUUGUUGUUGUCCAACGUCAUCACCAACGAAACUCUUCCAGUUAUUUUGGAUCGUUUACUAGGUGGUGGUUUUGCUGCAGUCUUCUCCUCAACUGUUGCUAUCGUCAUCUUCGGUGAGAUCAUCCCGCAGUCAAUUUGUGUGCGUUACGGCUUGGAGCUCGGCGCUUUCUUCUCGCCCUACGUCCUCAUCCUCAUGUACAUCUUGUAUCCUGUCGCCUAUCCGAUUGCGGUAUUGUUGGAUUACAUUCUAGGACAAGACCACGGCACUUUAUACAGAAAGAGUGGAUUGAAGACGUUAGUUAACUUGCACCAUACCAUGGGUUCUGAGAGAUUGAACAUGGAUGAAGUCACCAUUAUUAAUGCUGUCUUAGAUUUGAAGGCAAAACCCGUCUCAGAAAUUAUGACCCCAAUCUCAAAGGUUUACACCUUGCCUUCGGAUAAGAUCUUGGACGAAGAAACCGUUGAGGAGAUCUUCAACGCCGGCUACUCUCGGAUUCCAGUUCAUUUGCCUGGCGAACCAAACAAUUUUGUUGGAAUGCUGCUGGUAAGAAUUCUCAUCAGCUAUGACCCUGAGGAUGAUUUACCGAUUUCGUCUUUCCCGCUAGCAACUUUGCCUGAGACUGCAUCAAAUACCUCUUGUUUGAACAUCUUGAACUAUUUUCAGGAGGGUAAGUCUCAUAUGGUCGUCGUCAGUGAAACUCCAGGUAAAGAUGUCGGUGCUAAAGGUGUUGUUACUUUGGAAGACGUCAUCGAAGAAUUAAUCGGAGAAGAGAUUGUUGAUGAGAGUGAUGUUUAUAUCGAUGUCAAUAAGAAUAUAAAAAGAACAAUUCCCGGUCCGCUUUCAAAAAGAAAUGUUACGUCUUAUCUCCACAAGCUUUACUCUUCAGCAAGUAAAAACCCAACAAUCGCAAAUGGUGACGUUGAACCUCGUUCCAAUUCACUGCCGCACAACCCGGCUUAUAUUUACAAGGAUGCAUAUGAACUCAACAAAGGAGUGCCCAGACUGAUCAAACCUUCCAAUUUGGCCGCAGAUCCAUUGAAAACAAAUAACACUCAUAUAACCAUCAAAAAACAGCCCAACUUGGAACCCUCAGCUACAAAAAACAUCAGUACUUCCGCUGCUAAAGAAAGAGAUUGUCUGAGACUCUCGAAAAAUUACAAUGAUCAGAAUUAUGGUUCCAAUUCACCAACGCCCUUUGUAAAUGAGCCUGAACCACAAGUGCACUCUUCAGAAGCAGCAGCUUUGGUUCAGGGUAUUUACGCCAACGCCUCAAGACAUACUUCCAAAUGUCCAGCCUCUCUUCCCGAAGAAUGUGAAGUGGACACUUUAGAGUCUUUAGAUGCUGCGAAACGGUCAUUCCUCAAUAACACUUACGGUAUCCCUGUGCCGAAGUCUCAUCAUGAUUUUGCUACCCGACCAACUGAUGGCGAAAACAAACUCUUAGGCAAUUCGGCUCCUGGAAGCCCCGGAGGUCGUUUUAUUGAAGAUAACAUUGUUUCUUUGAAUGGUGUUUCCAAAACAAUUAUACAUGAUGGGACUUGGGGUAAAACCUAAUUGCCAGCAAUUUGUAUCAUGCUACUAUCUAAUCUAUGGUGUAUUUUAUCCAACAUUCAUUUCACUCUCUUUUAUUCCCAUUUGUAAUUCAAACUAUAUAUUUCUUUCUUUUGAUGAAUUUCAGGUGUAAAAUCAAACGUUAACUUGAACAU